UAGUUUUCUUUGUUCGUAUUGUUCUGGAAAAUCAGGCUCAGAUUAUUAACUACGCUGCUGACUCUUUGGUACAUCAGUCACCUUUAUGUCAAUUCAAUUGUCAAUGUCAGUUGCAGAUGUGUUGAUUUGCAAUUUGACCUGACUGAAUAUAUAUUUGAUUUUGGUUAACUUUGCAUUGGUCCAUUUAUUGCUAGGUUUCGGUAUUUGCUUACAUUUUGUUACGUAAUAAUAUUUAUAAAACUAUAAUAUAGAAAUACCUAAUUUGUUUUGAUUAAUUCAUAUAUUUUUAUUACUUUUAUUUAUUAACCAACGCAGUGGCAAAGUGAAGUCCGAAGAAUAUAAUUCUUAGAUUUUAUUUUUGAAUAAAUUUCGCACGUCUUAUCAUAAUAUGAAUAGUAUUGGAGAGGAGUGUACUGAGCUUAAGAAAAAAUACGAUGAUUGUUUCAACACUUGGUUUUCCGAGCGCUUUUUAAAAGGCAAUCAUGACGAUUCAAUGUGCGCCGGUAUCUUUAAAAUUUAUCAGGAAUGCGUUAAGAAUGCUAUGAAACAACAGAAUAUAGACUUUAAGGAAGUUGAUAAAGAUAUACUAGGCACAGAGAAUGAAUUCAAAACACCAACAGAUGGCAGUACGAGUUGACA